CCGCCGAGUGGAGGUGUGACGUGCCUUCGCCGGGAGAGGCACUCGGGACCCCAGCUCUGCAUUCAGUCCUCCCAGUCCCCGCGCGCCCCUAUGGGGGCCCCUGCCCCGCGCGCCUCCACGCGGGUUCUGUGCCUGCUGCUCGCCUGCGUUGGGCUGCCCCGGGGUGAGCCGGCAGGGGCGUCCCUGCGCGUGCGGUCUCUCGCGGCAGCACUCGGACCCCAGGGCGACGCAGAGCUGCAGCUCGAGGCAGCCCAGCAUACCAGUCGCAACCAUCAGGAGGUGACCCUUGCCAUGGUGGAUGCUACAACAGUGAUGGGAGCCCAGGAGGCUGAGGACCUGGACUCCUUGGCCAUGUCUUCCUGGGAAAGGCGGCUCCAUCGGGCCAAAUGUGCUCCGUCUUAUUUGUUCUCCUGCUUCAAUGGGGGUGAAUGUGUGCACCCAGCCUUCUGUGACUGCAGACGCUUCAAUGCCACUGGGCCGCGCUGCCAGAUGGUAUACAACGCUGGCCCUGAGCGGGACAGCAUCUGCAGGGCUUGGGGACAGCACCAUGUGGAGACAUUUGAUGGCCUUUACUACUACCUCUCUGGGAAGGGCAGCUACAUGCUGGUGGGGCGCCGUGAACCUGAGGGGCAGACCUUCUCAGUGCAGGUGCACAACGACCCGCAGUGCGGCUCCUCCCCCUACACCUGCUCCAGGUCCAUCAGCCUCUUCUUUGCGGGUGAGCAGGAGAUCCGCCUAGCCAAGGAGGUCACCCACGGAGGCAUGAGGGUCCAGCUGCCACACGUGAUGGGGAGCAUUCAUCUGCAGCGGCUUGCUGGCUAUGUCCUCGUGCGGCACCAAUCAGCCUUCACAUUGGCCUGGGAUGGUGCCUCGGCCGUCUAUAUCAAGAUGAGCCCAGAGUUCCUGGGCUGGACCCAUGGGCUGUGUGGGAACAACAAUGCUGACCCUCAGGAUGACCUGGUGACCAGCUAUGGAAAGCUGACAGAAGACGUGGCUGAGUUUGUGCACAGUUGGCAGGAACAGGCCCCCAACCAGCCUCCAGGGCCCACAACCUCCUCCCUGCCUCGCCCGCCAUGCCUGCAGCAGAGCCUGGGAGCCAUGCAGGGUGUGUACAACAAGUGUGAGGUGCUGCUGCGGCCCCCCUUUGAAGCCUGCCAUGCCUACGUCAGCCCUCUGCCCUUCACGGCCAGCUGUACCAGUGAUCUCUGCCAAUCAGCGGGCGAUGAAGUCACCUGGUGUCGGGCGCUGGCAGAGUAUGCUAGGGCGUGUGCCCAGGCAGGGAGGCCCUUGCAGGGCUGGAGGACUGAGCUCUGGCAAUGCACUGUGCACUGCAAGGAGAAGGCCUUUACCUACAACGAGUGCAUCGCCUGCUGCCCCCCCUCCUGCCAGCCCCAGGCGUCCUGCAUGGACAGUGAGAUCGCCUGCGUGGACGGCUGCUACUGCCCUGAUGGGCUGAUCUUUGAGGGCGGAGGCUGCGUGGCACCGGCUGAGUGUCCCUGUGAGUUCCAUGGGAUCCUGUACCCGACUGGCUCUGUAGUGAAAGAAGACUGCAAUGCCUGCACGUGCACUGCAGGCAGGUGGGUGUGCAGCACAUCUGUCUGCCCAGCUGAGUGUUCUGUGACUGGUGACAUCCACUUCACGACCUUUGAUGGCCGCCGGUACACGUUUCCUGCCACGUGCCAGUACAUCCUUGCCAAAAGCCGCUCUUCAGGCACCUUCACAGUGACACUGCAGAAUGCCCCAUGUGGCCUGAACCAGGAUGGGGUCUGUGUCCAGUCCGUGUCGGUGAUCCUGCAUCAGGACCCUCGGAGGCAGGUGACCCUGACACAAGCGGGGGAUGUCCUUCUGUUUGACCAGUACAAGGUCACCCCACCUUACACAGACGAUGCCUUUGUGAUCCGGAGGCUGUCCUCCGUGUUCCUGUGGGUGAAGACCAACGUGGGUGUGCGGCUGCUCUACGACCGCGAAGGACUGCGGCUCUACCUGCAGGUGGACCCGCGAUGGGUGGAAGACACCGUGGGCCUCUGUGGCACCUUUAACGGCAACACACAGGACGAUUUCCUGUCCCCUGUGGGUGUGCCUGAGAGCACCCCACAACUGUUUGGCAAUUCUUGGAAAACACUGUCUGCCUGCUCUCCGCUGGCCUCUGGCUCUGCCCUGGACCCCUGUGAUGUGCACCUGCAAGCUGCCUCCUAUGCCGUGCAGGCCUGCAGCGUUCUCAUGGGCGAGCUGUUUGCACCCUGCUCCGCUGACCUGAGCCCUGUGCCCUACUUUGAGCAGUGCCGCCGGGAUGCCUGCCGCUGCGGGCAGCCCUGCCUGUGUGCCACGCUGGCCCACUACACCCACCUGUGCCGGCGCCACGGGCUCCCCGUUGACUUCCGUGGCCACCUGCCAGCCUGUGCACUGUCCUGUGAGGCCACCAAGGAGUAUAGCGCCUGUGUGGCUCCAUGUGGACAAACUUGCCAGGACCUGGCCAGACCUGAAGCCUGUGGGAUUGAUGGUGGCGGUGACCUCAGCAGGGACGAGUGUGUGGAGGGCUGUGCCUGCCCACCAGACACCUAUCUGGACACCCAGACUGACCUCUGUGUCCCCAGGAACCAAUGCUCCUGCCACUUCCAAGGAGUGGACUAUCCCCCUGGAGACAGCGACAUUCCAUCUCUGGGCCACUGUCACUGCGAAGAUGGAGUCAUGAGCUGUGACAGCAGAGCCUCGGCUGCUGCCUGCCCAGUGGGCCAGAUCUUUGUGAACUGCAGUGACCGGCACACUGACCCUGAGCUGAGCAGAGAGAGGACAUGUGAGCAGCAGCUGCUGAACCUGAGUGUGCCAGCCCGUGGCCCCUGCCUGUCAGGCUGCGCCUGUCCUCAAGGCCUACUCAGACAUGGGGAUGCAUGUUUCCCGCCAGAGGAAUGCCCAUGCACUUGGAAGGGGAAGGAAUAUUACCCUGGGGACCAGGUCGAGUCUCCCUGUUACACCUGCGUGUGCCAGCAGGGCUCCUUCCAGUGCUCGCUCCACCCCUGCGCUUCCACCUGCACGGCGUAUGGUGACCGGCACUACCGCACGUUUGACGGGCUCCCGUUUGACUUUGUGGGGGCAUGCAAAGUGCACCUAAUCAAGAGUACAUCAGAUUUCAGCUUCUCUGUGAUUGUAGAAAAUGUAAACUGCUACAGCUCUGGCAUCAUCUGCAGGAAAUUUAUUUCCAUCAACGUUGGGAACUCACUCAUCAUCUUUGGUGACGACUCAGGAAAUCCCAGUCCUGAGAGCUUUUUGGAUGAGAAACAGGAGGUCCAUACGUGGCAAGCAGGGUUUUUCACACUGGUGCAUUUCCCACGGGAGCACAUCACCCUCUUAUGGGACCAGAGAACUACAGUGCACAUCCAGGCUGGGCCACAGUGGCAGGGUCAGCUGGCAGGACUCUGUGGGAACUUUGAUUUAAAAACUAUCAAUGAGAUGAGGACCCCCGAAAACUUAGAGUUAACUAAUCCCCAGGAGUUUGGCAGCAGCUGGACUGCAGUUGAGUGCCCAGACACCCUUGACCCUUGGGACACAUGCAUCCUGAAUCCUCUCCGAGAACCAUUUGCCAAAAAGGAGUGUGGCAUUCUGCUCAGUGAGGUGUUUGAGACGUGCCACCCUGUGGUUGAUGUCACUUGGUUUUACUCAAACUGCCUGACAGACACGUGCGGAUGCAGCCGGGGUGGUGACUGUGAGUGUUUCUGCGCCAGCGUGGCUGCCUAUGCCCACCAGUGCUGCCAGCACGGUGUGGCCAUUGACUGGAGGACACCACGCCUCUGCCCAUAUGACUGUGACUUCUUUAACAAAGGGUUAGGUAAGGGCCCCUACCAGCUGGUCAGCUGGGCGGCCGGUGGAGCCCUGGUGGCCGUGGAGGUGGCGGGCAGUGCCACAGUCCUUGUGAGCGCAAAGAAUGUAGCACCAGGGGACAUUGUGAACUUCCUAAUGAUGGCUGCACUGUUCAAGGCCAAGGCCCACGACCCUGAUGCCGUGUCCCUGGAGGCAGCAGACAGACCCAACUUCUUCCUCCACGUCACAGCCAAUGGGUCUCUGGAGCUAGCUAAGUGGCAGGGCAGUGAUGCCUUCCACCUCCGUGCCUCUUUCUUGCUGCACCGGGGGACAUGGCGGGCAGGCCUGGUGGCCCUGGAGUCCCUGGCAGAGCCUGGGUCCUUUCUUUAUGUAUCAGGCUCUGCCGUGGCCCUGAGGCCACAUGAGCACGUGGAGGCAUUCCGCCGGGGCACACUCUUCCGCCUUGUGGAUGCCAAGCCCUCAGGGGCUGGGUACCCCAUCUGUGAGUGGCGCUAUGAUGCCUGUACCAGCCCCUGCUUCCAAACCUGCCGGGACCCGCAGGCAGCCAGCUGCAGGGACGUGCCCAGGGUAGAAGGCUGUGUGCCUGUGUGCCCCACCCCCAAGGUCCUGGAUGAAGUCACACAGAGAUGCGUCUACUUGGAGGACUGUGUGGAGCCUGCAGUUUUGGGUCCCACAGAGGCCCUUGGCAAUGAGACCCUGCCUCCCACUCAAGAGCUGCCCACCCUGAGUGACAAGGAGCUACAGUUUCCACAGGAGGCUCUGGGGGCUGCCUCUGCCAGGCCAGCACUCACCCCAGCUGCCCAAGUCACCAUGGGCCUGAACCCCCCCAUGGGACCCACUGAGGGACCUGUGCUGUCCCUAGGCCCCACCCAGGCCACUCUGCAGCAGCCACUGGGGGGCACUGCAUCUGACCUCCCUGCCUACCCCACACAGGCCCUGGCUGGCCACUUGGCCACACCCCAUGUCCCAGAGUCUGCAUCCCUCCUUCUUUCCCAGCAGACACCCACACCUGGCAUGGGGCCAGGUGCCAUGGAGAUAGCCAGGGUUACUGUGACCUUUGCAGGGAGUCCCAACAUCAUAGUCUCCUCCCGGUCUCCCCCUGUACCUCGCUUCCCUGUCAUGACCAAAGCCAUGACAGUCCCAGGCCCUGGCUCCUUGCCUGUUAAGAUGACACCCCUCCAGUCCUUCCCGAGCCUGGGGUUGCCUGCAAGCCCCUCCUCCAGGCCUGAGGCUUCCCAGGCAGUGACCACCAGGCCCCCUACUUCCUCAGAAUCCUAUGAAGCUUUGCUGACACCUGCAAUAAUGAAGGUCAUGAACAGGACAGGGGUCCCCCAGAGCAUUUCCAGUCCCAGCAGCCUCCCAGCUGAGGCUAGAACAGCAGCAGAACAGGUUCCUGUCAGUCCCCCAGUGACCAGGAGAGUAGAGAUGGUACCAUCCACAGAGCAGCUCCAAGCUGAGCCUGGCCAGCCCAUGGGCCUACCAGCAUCCCUACUUCCAAGCCCAUUCCCCACUGCCCAGCACACCACCCCAGCCUCCAGGCCACCAGCUGCUCCCCCAGGAACUCCAGCUGCUGCCAGCCAGCCAGUUGCUCAUGGGCUGGGGGCCACACCCUUUGUGUCUCUGGAGUCAACUGGGCCACCCCAGCUCCUCUCUGGCCUGCCUCCUGACACCAGCCUGCCCCUAGCCAAGGUGGGCACGUCUGUCCCAGUGGCCACGCCUGGCCCCAAGGGCUCUGUCAUCACCUCUCUGCUCCAGCAACAGGCCACAUCUCCUGCCAUUGCCAUGACUCCACCCACUCGGACACUCAGCCCAGAACCGCCUCUCACCCCAGCUGUUGUGGCCCAGGCGCACCCACCCAGUCACACAGUGUCUCAGGCAACAGGCACAGCUCCAGGCCCGCUUCUGGGAGCCACACUGCCAACCUCUGGAGUGAUGGCCGUGGCUGAGGGGGCAGCCUCCACGGUAUCUGUUGCCCCACGAAAGAGCACCAUGGAGAAGAUGGCCAUCUCUUCCAAGCAAGUGUCCCUGCCCACCGGGAUAUAUGGCUCCACCCAGGGCAGGCCCACAGCAUUCACACCUGCUGUGGUCCACACUCUUACUCCCUUGGUGUCUGAGGCCGAGGCACCCUGGGCCAGCUCAGUGCCCCUGGUGCCCACAUCCUACCCCCUGAGCCAUGUCUCUGCCAGGACUGCCUCCCAGGAAAGCUCAUUGGUUCUGCUCCCUCAGCUGGCUGAGGCCCACGGAACCUCGGCAGGACCUCAGCUGGCAGCGGGGCCAGCAGGAGAGGCCACCACCAAGCAGUCUGGGCGCUCGGCCCCAGCCCAGAGCAUCUCAGAGGGUUUGGCUGAGGCCUCAGCAGCCACCACUGAGGCCAAUACGUCAGCCUCCUGUGCUCCUAUCGAUGAGCAAGACUGCAUCCGCCACAUCUGCCUGGAGGGCCAGCUGAUUCGUGUGAACCAGUCGCAACACUGUCCCCAGGGCACAGCCCUCCCUCGGUGUGGAGUCCUGGGCCUCCCUGUGAGGGUGGGCGGGGACCGCUGCUGCCCGCUCUGGGAGUGUGCCUGCCGAUGCUCAAUCUUUCCUGAUCUGAGCUUUGUGACGUUUGAUGGGAGCCAUGCAGCCCUGUUCAAAGAGGCCAUCUACAUCCUCACCCAGAGCCCCAGAGAAAUGGUCACUGUCCAUGUCCUCGACUGCAAAAGCGCCAACCUGGGCCACCUGAACUGGCCCCCUUUCUGUCUGGUGAUGCUGAAUCUGACUCAUCAGCCCCAUCAGGUCACCAUUGACCGCUUCAACAGGAAGGUGAUUGUGGACUCACAGCUUGUGGGCCCCCCCAUGAGCAGGCAUGGGUUCAGAAUUGAGGACACAGGCCACAUGUACGUGAUCCGGACGCCAUCACACAUCCAGAUCCAGUGGCUCCACAGCUCAGGACUCAUGAUCCUGGAGGCCAGCAAAACCAGCGAAGCCCAGGGUCGUGGUCUGUGCGGUAUCUGUGAUGGAGAUGCAGCCAAUGACCUCACCCUGGAGGAUGGUUCUGUGGUGGGUGGGGACGAGGACCCUGCUCCCUUCCUGGACAGCUGGCAGGUGCCCAGCUCCCUGACCUCAGUGGGCCAGACCCGCUUCCGCCCAGAGAGCUGUGCCACAGCCGACUGCUCACCCUGCCUUCGCAUGGUGUCUAACCGCACCUUCAGCUCCUGCCACCACUUUGUUUCCCCAGCAUCGUUCUGUGAGCUGUGGAUCCGAGACACCAAGUAUGUGCAGCAGCCCUGCGUGGCACUGACUGUGUAUGUGGCUAUGUGCCACAAGUUCCACGUGUGCAUCGAGUGGCGGCGCUCUGACUACUGUCCCUUCCUCUGCUCCAGUGACUCUGUAUACCAGGCAUGUGUAGCAGCCUGUGAGCCCCCUGAGACUUGCCAGGAUAGGAUGCUGGCUCCACUGGACCCAGAGCAGUGCCAGGUGCUGGGUGAGGGCUGUGUCUGCUCUGAGGGCACCAUCUUGCACCGGCGCCACUCGGCACUCUGUGUCCCUGAGGAAAAGUGCGCCUGCACCGACAGCACAGGGGUGCCUCGGGCCCUGGGGGAGACCUGGAACAGCUCCCUCAGCGGCUGCUGCCAGCAGCAGUGCCAAGCUCUGGACACCAUUGUCCCCCUGGACCCGGACUGCCCAGGCCCCCGUCCUGAGAGCUGCCCCCGUUUUGGAGAGGUGGCCCUGCUCCUGCCCACCGAGGAUCCCUGCUGCCUGGGGACUGUUUGUGUGUGUAACCAGACUCUGUGUGAAGGCCUCACCCCCACCUGCCGGCCAGGCCACCGACUCCUCACCCACUUCCAGGAGGACUCCUGCUGCCCCAGCUACAGCUGUGAGUGUGACCCAGACCUGUGUGAGGCACAGCUGGUCCCCAGCUGCCGCCCGGAUCAAAUCCUGAUCGCAGGCCGCCUGGGGGAUUCGUGCUGCACCUCCUACUUCUGCGCCUGUGGCGACUGUCCAGAUCUGAUCCCGGAGUGCCAGGAAGGGGAGGCGCUCACUGUGGACAGGAACACCACAGGGAUGUGCUGCCCUCUCUACCAGUGCGUGUGUGAGAGCUUCCGCUGUCCUCAAGUGCAGUGCAGCCUGGGGACAGCCCUGGUGGAGGUGUGGGGCCCGGACCGCUGCUGCCCCUACAAGUCCUGUGAGUGUGACUGCAACACAAUCCCAGUGCCCCGGUGCCAUCUGUGGGAGAAGUCCCAGCUGGACGAGGAGUUCAUGCGCAGUGCAGAGAACGUGUGUGGCUGUGCCAAAUACGAGUGCGUGAAGGCCCCCGUGUGUCUGAGCCGUGAGCUGGGUGUGAUGCAGCCCGGGCAGAUGGUGGUGGAGCUCUCUGCAGACGGCGUGUGCCACACCUCCCACUGCACUGAUGCACUCGACCCCCUCACCAGCUUCUACCAGAUCAACACCACCUCUGUGCUGUGCGACAUCCACUGCGAGGCGAACCAAGAGUACGAGCAUCCGAGGGACCUGGUGGCCUGCUGUGGGUCCUGCAGGAAUGUGUCCUGUCUCUUCACUUUCCCCAAUGGCACCACCUCUCUGUUCUUGCCCGGGGCAUCCUGGAUCACAGACUGCACCCGCCAUCACUGCAGCACCACCCCCCUGGGCGCUGUGCUUGUGCGCUCGCCCAUCAGCUGCCCGCCCCUCAAUGAGACCGAGUGUGCCAAGGUUGGGGGCUCAGUGGUACCUUCCUUGGAAGGAUGCUGCAGGACAUGUAAAGAGGAUGGGCGCUCCUGCAAGAAGGUGACCAUCCGCAUGACCAUCCGCAAGAACGAAUGCAGGAGCAACACCCCUGUGAAUCUAGUGUCCUGUGAUGGGAGAUGUCCAUCCGCCAGCAUCUACAACUACAACAUCAACACCUAUGCUCGCUUCUGCAAGUGCUGCCGUGAGGUGGGCCUGCAGCGGCGCUCCGUGCAGCUCUUCUGUGCCAGCAAUGCCACCUGGGUGCCUUACACAGUGCAGGAGCCCACCGACUGUGCCUGCCAGUGGUCCUGAGGCCUGGGGCCGGGGCUGGACCACCUCUGCUGCCCCCACUUUCUGCAUCCAGAUGGCCCAGUGUGCAUGAGUGUGUUGUGGGGGGUCCAGAGGAGGUACUAAAAGUGUGGAGAGCUGGUUCAUGCUGAGCAUGGAAUGGCAGGCAGAGGCACAGAGAGUGACCAGAACGGGACCCCUGUCUGUCCUGACUCCCUCUCUGAGCUUCGCUACUCAACCCAUGGGGAAGUGCCACAGCUGAGGGCUCAGAGAUGUAGCUCUGUCCCUGGCUCUAGUCUGGAACAGGCCCUAAAUCAGGGCCACAGCCUCCAUGCAUCGGACGCUGGCUGCAGGGUUUUGGUGAAGGGGGUGAGAGCCUUCCUGAGAGGCCGGGACCAGAGCUGAACCAGGCCAGGAUAGGGUGGCUCACUUUCUUUCUUGGCCUUUUGACCACAGGAGAACCACAGACACAGUUUAAGGAAAGUAGGCUUAACUGCAACAUGCAGGCCUUCAUCUAACUCCCAGGAGAACUUCCCAGAAGGAAAGGGAUGGGUUCUCAGGCCCAGGUCCUCUGGUAUUCUGUUUCUGAUGUUGUAAUUCAGGAAAAGACUUAGAUGAGCAGGCCUAUGCCUGCUCCAUACCCACCCUCAAAUCCCCAGCCCCAAAGCCAGCCUUCCUGGCUAGUGAGCUGGUUCUUGUGAGGUGAUGGUGGGAGGGAGUGACUUCUUCUUUGAAGGUACAGCACAACUCAUCUCAGUGUUGGUGACCAGCCCACCCUCCUAGGGUGCAAGGUUGUUCAGCCUAUGAGGGCAGCUCCUGGCUUUGCCAUGUGACUUUUCUCCAGGAUAUAACAGCUGGUCUCCUGAGGGGCCUGAGUGUGAAUUCUGUGGCUCAGCUAAUUCCCAGCUCUCUGCUUCAUGGGACUAUUUAGCUGGAGGGCAGCUUUCCAUAAAAAAUGCAGGCAACCUGUCUCUGAACCAAUGUCCUUCUUAAAGCCAGGGCUAGGCGUCCCUCCAUACCUCACUCAGCAGGUACCUUCUCCCUGGUGCCACUUUACGCUACAAGGGCCAAAGGACAUGAACCUGAGGUUGCUCAGGCCCUGGUACUGCCCUGUAUGCCCAGAUAUGUGUAGCUGCCCUAGUGCCCCUAGGGUUGGUGUUAGGGCUAAGUUCCAGGGUAGUCCCCAGCUGUCCCUACAGCUUCUUUGUUCCUAUAUCUGUAUUUUGUGUAUAUAUCCAAUAAACCAU